AUGUGGCAGGCACCGGCAUACACCAUACUGGGCGCCGGGGAGGUGUUCGCCGCCAUUGGCGUGAUCGAGCUCUUCUACGACAAAGCGCCCGACAGCAUGAGGAGUCUGUGCACCGCACUCGCACAGCUCGCUGUCGCAGCGGGGAACUACCUUAACUCGGCCGUGCUGGGCUCCGUCGCGUCCGCCACGGGAUGGAUCCCAGAGGACCUCAACGACGGCCACCUGGACUACUUCUUCUGGCUGAUGGCGGUGCUCGGCGCACUAAACCUGCUGCAGUUCUUGCUCUGCUCUGUUCCGGCCAUGAGGCACACCCGUAGGUAG